ACGCAUCUCAAGAUUUUGCCGAUUUUAUUUUUUUUUUUAAUUUAAAAUUUUCCCUUCCUAAACCCAAACUAAAACAGUUGACUAAUUGUGACCAACUACCACAAUCUCAUCCUUCAUCUCCGCCGUACCAUCCGCCAUGAUCGUCCCCAUCAUCUCCUCCUCCUCCUUCUUCCUCUUCCUCGUCUCGAUCUUCACCUCUCCUGUUCAAGCCAAGGUCACCGUUUCCUUCUCCCCCAAAACCCUCAACCGAUCUGGCGACUCUGUCCUCGUCCAAUGGUCCGGCGUCGAGUCGCCCUCCGAUCUCGAUUGGCUCGGUAUCUACUCUCCGCCUGAAUCUUCCCAUGAUCACUUCAUUGGUUACCGGUUCCUGUCGGAUUCACCCUCCUGGAAAUCCGGGUCGGGUUCGAUUUCCCUCCCGCUCACCAACCUCCGAUCGAAUUAUUCCUUCCGGGUCUUCCGAUGGACGCAGUCCGAGGUUGAUCCGAAACAUAAAGACCAUGACCAGAACCCAUUACCAGGAACUCGCCAUCUUCUCGCCGAAUCGGAGCAGCUGACUUUCGGAUCGGCCGUGGGUCGACCGGAGCAGAUCCAUCUGGCGUACACGGAUGCCGUCGACGAGAUGCGGGUGAUGUUCGUUGCCGGAGAUGGAGAGGAACGCUACGUGAGAUACGGGGAGGCGAAGGAGAGGCUCGGCGCCGUGACGGCGGCGCGUGGGAUGAGGUACGAGAGAGACCACAUGUGCGACGCGCCGGCGAACUCAAGCAUCGGGUGGAGGGAUCCCGGAUGGGUUUUUGACAUCGUCAUGAAGAAUUUGAAGGGUGGGAUUAGGUAUUACUAUCAGGUUGGAAGUGAUUCCGGAGGAUGGAGUGAUGUCCUAAGCUUUGUUGCACGAAACGAAAACUCCGAUGAAACGGUAGCCUUCAUGUUCGGAGAUAUGGGGUGUGCUACUCCUUACACGACGUUUAUCCGUACACAAGAUGAGAGCCGAUCUACCGUGAAAUGGAUCCUCCGUGACAUCGAAGCUCUAGGGGACAAGCCUUCUCUCGUCUCGCACAUCGGAGAUAUAAGUUAUGCCCGUGGUUACUCGUGGGUAUGGGAUGAAUUCUUUGCUCAGGUCGAGCCUAUUGCCUCGAAGAUACCCUACCAUGUGUGUAUCGGCAAUCAUGAAUAUGACUGGCCUGCUCAGCCAUGGAAACCCGACUGGGCAGCAUAUAUAUACGGGAAAGAUGGAGGCGGUGAAUGUGGUGUGCCGUACAGUGUCAAGUUCAACAUGCCCGGAAAAUCCUCAGAGUCCACGGGAAUGAAUGCUCCUCCCACGAGGAACCUUUACUAUUCAUACGAUAUGGGUUCGGUCCAUUUUGUGUAUAUCUCAACCGAGACGAAUUUCCUUCAAGGAAGCAGUCAGUACCAGUUCAUAGAGCGAGAUCUAGAGUCAGUGAACAGGAGCAAGACGCCGUUUAUAGUUUUACAAGGGCAUAGACCGAUGUAUACGACAAGCAAUGAGAUUAGGGACACUGCAAUAAGGCAGAAAAUGGUUGAGCACUUGGAACCGUUGCUGGUGAAGAACAAUGUGACAGUUGCUCUAUGGGGGCAUGUCCACAGGUAUGAGAGGUUCUGUCCGAUCAGUAACUUCACGUGUGGGAAACAAUGGCAUGGUCAUCCGGUUCAUCUCGUGAUCGGUAUGGCAGGACAAGAUUGGCAACCCAUCUGGGAGCCGAGGCCCAACCAUCCAGAUCUCCCGAUCUUCCCUCAGCCAGAGCGGUCAAUGUACCGUGGGGGCGAGUUUGGAUACACCCGGCUUGUCGCCAACAAGGAAAAACUCACUAUUUCUUAUGUGGGUAACCAUGACGGGGAAGUGCACGAUAUGGUCGAGAUCUUGGCAUCGGGAGCAGUUAUCAGCGGUGGUGAAGAUGGUAAAACCCUAAACCUUGGAACUGGAACCGAAACCCAAUCUGAAUCCGUGGUCUCGUGGUAUAUCAAAGGAGCGGGCGUAAUGGUGUCGGGAGUGUUAUUAGGAUACCUUAUCGGGUUUAUUACCCGCGGGAAGAAAGAAUCUGAAUCGGGUAGCCAGUGGAUCCCUGUGAAGAAUGAAGAGACGUGAUUUAACUGAUUCUUUUAGGACAUUCUAUCCCAUGGUUCAUGACAGUGAAGCUGGGAGAUAUUUCAGUAUUGAUUGUCACCUUAUAUCUGUAAUGUAUCUAUGGACCGUCUGAACAUACACACGUCUAUAAAUGUACGGUUUUGUACGCCGACAAUAAUAAUCCCAUCUCGUAGGAACACUGUCUGAAGUAGUGUGGUCACAUACUGUGAUGUAGAUGCUUGUGGAUCUUUCUUUGUAUCA